GAAGGAGAAGAAGAAGCUCGUUUACUUCCUUCCGCACGCGGUCCAUUCCUGGUCAUCGCAUCGGAAGGGAGAGGAAGGAGGAGAGAAGGAGAAGAUGAAGCGAGUGUUCGGCGUCAAGAAGGACAAGGAACCCCCUCCCACCGUUCAAGAUGCCUCCGAUCGGAUUACCAAGAGGGGUGACACAGUGGAUGAGAAGAUCAAGAAGCUAGAUGCUGAGCUUAGCCGAUACAAGGAACAGAUAAGAAAGACUCGGCCUGGUCCUGCUCAAGAAGCUGUGAAAGCUCGUGCAAUGCGGGUCCUCAAGCAAAAGAGAAUGUAUGAAGGACAACGUGAUAUGUUGUACAAUCAGACAUUCAACCUUGAUCAAGUUGCAUUUGCUGCGGAGGGUGUCAAAGACGCUCAGCAGACUAUGACAGCUUUGAAAUCUGCCAACAAGGAAUUGAAAGGCAUGAUGAAAACUGUGAAGAUUCAGGAUAUAGAUAGCUUGCAAGAUGAGAUGAUGGACCUGAUGGACGUAAGCAAUGAGAUUCAAGAGACCUUGGGUAGAAGCUACAAUGUUCCCGAUGAUAUUGACGAGGAUGAUCUCCUGGAUGAGCUUGACGCUUUGGAAGCAGACAUGGGAAUGGAAUCAGAAGUUGGAGUUCCUUCUUAUCUGCAACCUGAUAAGGAAUCUGAUGUAGAAGAGCUAAACUUGCCUUCAGCACCAACAGGACAUGCAGUACCAGCUGGCAGAACCAAUGCCCAGGCUGACGACGAACUGGGCUUACCUGCUGUUCCUCAUUCUUCGAUACGUAAUUAAAGAUUCCUCAUGCUGUCUGUGCAACUUGCUGUACGGACAUACCCUCUUUGUAAACAUGUUGUGCAGUUUGUUAUUUUGAUUUUUCUCCCAGGCAACAUUCCUUUUGGAUAGGGACACUAGCAUCCAUGAUGUUCUGCACGAUGGGGUGGUCCAGAUAGUGGUGGAAUUUGUUGGUUAAAUCGCGGGUAUGAAAGGGCAAGUGCUAGCUUGUAAUGGGAUGAUUUCUUUUGUUCGUUCUGCUUAUGCAUCGAUUUGUUUCAGUGUAAUGCUGCUGCAACUUUCGCAUAAACUGGCAAAUGCAUCCCGACUCA